AUGCCUCGACGUCCGGCACGCCGCCACGCGUCCACGCGCGAGUGCUGGAGUGUCCGUAGAGCGCCAGUGGAGCGCUUCCUUGACCUCGACACCUCCUGUCCUCCCCCUCCCCUACUGGCGACUCUCAUCGGCCUGGAGCUCCACGCGGGGGGCUCCGAGCGCCCGGCCCUGCGCUACGGGCACGCCGGCUUCGCCAAGCGUGGCGAGGACUACUUCCUCGUCAAGCCCGACUGCCUCCGCGUCCCCGGGGACCCCGCAUCCGCGUUCUCCGUCUUCGCCGUGUUCGACGGCCACAACGGCGUGUCGGCGGCGGUCUACAGCAAGGAGCAUCUGCUCGAGCACGUCAUGAGUGCGCUGCCGCCGGACAUCGACCGCGAAGACUGGCUGCAGGCGCUGCCGCGCGCGCUCGUCGCCGGCUUUGUCAAGGCCGACAUCGAUUUCCAGCGCAAGGGGGAGGUGUCGGGAACCACGGCGACACUGGUGGUCAUCGAUGGGUUCACGGUCACGGUGGCGUCGGUGGGUGACUCGCGCUGCAUCCUGGACACGCAGGGCGGCGAGUUGCAGCUGCUAACCGUGGACCACCACCUGGAGGAGAAUGCAGAGGAGCGGGAGCACGUCACGGCCAGUGGUGGGGAAGUAGGCCGGCUCAAUCUCUUUGGCGGCCAGGAGGUCGGCCCUCUCCGGUGCUGGCCUGGUGGCUUGUGCCUCUCAAGAUCCAUCAGGGACAGGAGGUGGCGAAUCAAGGAAGCGCUCCACUGGCACUCGGUGGGCGAAGUGGGGUGGAGAACUGGACGUAUGGAGGUGAAGCGGGCAAUGCCUCGACGUUGAAACCGCACCCGGUUCUCUACAGACUCGAAAUCAGAGGAUUAACAGACGCAGCUCGACGACGGCUCUGCUGAAUCGAAGAAAAUAUUCAGGUCCGGCACGCCGCCACGCGUCCACGCGCGAGUGCUGGAGUGUCCGUAGAGUGUGGAGAGGCGUUAAAACCCCAUGGGGUUUUAAUAAUAGAGAU